AUUUACCAAAAGCUUGUCAAAAAAGUUGCAGUUAACCUCAAUAAUUUUAUUAAUGGUCGUUCUCAAAACGUAGUUAAGUUUUUGUGGAUUUCCAAGACAUAUUUAUACUAAAUUGAGUAAUGGAUUUCCAAAAUCGUCCUGGAGGUAAGACCGGAGGCGGUGGUGUGGCCUCCUGGUCGGAAACUAACCGGGACCGCCGUGAGCGUCUCCGCCAGCUAGCCUUAGAGACCAUCGACCUCCAAAAGGACCCCUAUUUUAUGAAAAACCACUUGGGAUCCUACGAGUGCAAACUAUGUCUUACAUUACACAAUAACGAGGGCAGCUACCUCGCCCAUACUCAAGGCAAGAAGCAUCAAGCGAACUUGGCGCGCAGAGCCGCUAAAGAAGCAAAAGACGCUCCCACACUACUUCAACCCGAAAAACCCAGAGUCGAACCGAAAAAGUUCGUCAAAAUCGGAAGACCCGGCUAUCGAGUAACCAAACAAAGAGAUCCUGAGACAGGCCAGCAAAGUCUCCUCUUCCAAAUUGACUACCCAGAAAUCACUGAUAACGUGAUACCGCGCCACAGAUUCAUGUCGGCUUAUGAGCAAAAAAUCGAACCACCAGAUCGCAAGUGGCAGUACUUGCUUUUUGCGGCUGAACCCUAUGAGACGAUUGCAUUCAAAGUGCCGAGUAGGGAAGUUGAGAAGACAGACAACAAGUUCUGGACGCACUGGAAUAUUGACACAAAGCAGUUUUUCCUCCAAUUUGCGUUUAAGAAUGAAGCGAAGAAACCAACGACAAUUAUAGCGAGGCCAGGGAACAUGAUGGGAGGAGUGCCGCCACCACCGAUGAUACCGGUGCCUCCGCCGCCUAGGCCCCCGAUGUUUAAUGCCAUCCCGCCGCCGCCGCCCCUGAUGGGAGCGGUUUUACCGGUCCCACCGCCACCACAUUAACUUUCUUAAUACAAACAUACUAAGUAGGUAAAAGAAAGCACUGUAUUUCAUUUAAUAAAAACAAUAAACAUUAAAAGCAUAA